AGCGCGGCUGGCGUCGCGGCGGCAGGUCUACCUGGGCUUAUCAAGGCACAGAUUCCCUGUCCAAACCUAGUUACCAGAUGCACCAGCGGCUGGCCAGGAACUAGUGUUGAACACGUCCUCCUGCCACCAGUGACCAGGAGUUAAACUUGGGGAUGUGCACACGAUCAUGGACAACAAGGAUUUAGAAGCUGAAAUCCACCCCUUGAAGAAUGAAGACAGAAAAUCACAGGAAAAUCUGGGAAACCAAUUGAAAAAUGAAGAUAACUUAAAAAGCACGCAUCUGCAGUCCCGGCUUUCCCGAUGCCGUACAGUGGCAUUUUUCCUUUCGUUGUUUGUCUGCCUUUUGGUGGUGUUUGUCGUCUCAUUCAUCAUCCCAUGUCCAGACCGACCUGUGUCGCAGCGGAUGUGGAGGAUCGACUACAAUGCAGCAGUCACCUAUGACUUUCUGGCUGUGGAAGACAUAAACAGGGACAGGAUCCGAGAUGUUCUGUUUCUUUAUAAAAAUACCAAUGGCAUCAAUAAUUUCAACCAAUCCUGCGCUGAUGAAGGCUUGUCCUCCCCCUGCGCCUUUGUGGCAGCUGUGUCAGGGGCCAACGGCAGCAUGCUCUGGGAGAGGCCUGUGGCCCCAGAUGUGGCCCUCGUGAAGUGUGCUGUGUCCCAGCCAAGGGGCAGCGAGGUGUCAUCUGCCUGCAUCCUUGUAGGCAGACCCGAUUCUGUGAUUGCAGUCGACUUGUUCACAGGGGAAACCCUGUGGACCCGUCCUGGCAGCCCCGGCGGGAACGCUUCCAUCCUGAGCCCUUUGCUCCAGGUGCCUGACGUGGAUGGCGACGGGGCCCCAGACCUGCUGAUUCUCGCCCGGGAGGAGGAGGAGGUUAACGGUUACAUCUACUCAGGCAGCACCGGGCACCAGAUCGGGCACAGAGGCAGCCUUGGCAUAGACGGAGAGAGCGGCUUCCUCCUCCACGUCACCAGGACGGGCGCCCACUACAUCCUCCUCCCCUGCGCAAGCUCCCUCUGUGGCUGCUCUGUGAAAGGUCUCUAUGAGAAGGUGACCGGGCAAGACGGCCCAUUUAAGAAGGACCCCCUGUGGGAGAACAUGCUCAAUGCCACCACCUGCAGGAUGCUCGUGCACAGCGCCGGAGCAGUGCGCUACCUGGUGCGCGUCCCGGGGAAAGCUAGCGCGGAUGUGCUCCUUGUGGGCGCGGAGGCCUGUGUGCUGCUGGAUGGGCAGGAGCUGACUCCCCGCUGGACGCUCGGCACAGCCCAGGUCCUGAGAAAACCCAUUUUCGGCCACUACGAACCAGACACCUUGGCUGUGGUCAUUGAGAAUGGAACCGGCAUUGACAGACAGAUCCUGCUCCUGGACCUCAGCACCAGGGCCAUCCUGUGGAGCCAUGCCCUCCCCAGCCUGCCCGGCAGCCCUCCCUCCUCCAGUCUGCCAACCGCAGACCACCGCUCAGCUUUCUUCUUCUGGGGCCUCCAUGAGCUGGGCAGUGCCAACCAGACGGAGACCAGAGCUGCCUGGCACAGCCUGUACAUGUUCCACCCCACCCUGCCUGGCUUGCUGCUGGAGCUGGCCAACGUGUCUGCCAACAUCGUCACUUCCGAUGUGGUCCUGUUUGAGCCAAGCCGCCACGCUGCCUACGUGCUCCUGACAGGCCCGGCGAGCUCAGACAUGCCUGGCCUGGUCUCCGUGAUCAAGCACAAGGUGCGGGACCUUGUCCCGAGCAGCAGGGUGGUCCGCCUGGGGGAGGCCGGGCCGGACAGUGACCAGGCCAUCAGGGACCGGUUCUCCCGGCUACGCUACCGGAGCGAGGUGUGAGGUGCAUGCCGGCCGCACCCUGCAGGGCGACUCCAGCUGCUGAAGUUAGACGUCGGCCUUCCCUGGUCUCCGUACUUGACUGCCCCACCCAGGCCCUGGCGGUGGUCUCCCCAGGAUGUGUGGGUGAGGGACGCCCAGGCCUCCCCUGCUGCCCAACACGCCAUGUCCUUCUGAGUCCUCACAUGGGGCUCGCGCUGCACCCCACCGGGGUCCUUCUCGUGGCCAGGCUGCCUUUGUGGUGGCCUCCCCGGGCCAGCUCAAGCAGGGCGUGGCCCCACGGCACCCCAUCCUCACAUGGCACCCUUCGCCCGCCAGCUUCUCCCCAGGCAGAAAGGCCGAGAUCAUUGGAAGGGCCCAGGGUGUCCCUGAGAAUGUGCUGCCCACACUUCCUGCAGAAGUCCCUUCCCGCCUUCCUGUUUGAUUCUCUCUGUGCUCUGUCCCCCAGAGUCAUGGAGCUCAGAGGGUAGGGGCCCUGGGGGUGGCCUCAGGACAGCAGCUGGGACCUGAGGCAGCUCUAGCCCCCAGCCCUUCCCAGAGCGAGGAGGGAACCCUCCAGCAUGGUGGGUGACUUGGGCCCUUCGACUCGGCCCGCGGGCUCCUGACAGGUGGGGUAGUGCACUGGAGUGGGGCGCCAGCAGCUGCUCGCAGGUGCCCUUGGGGGCUUCACGCCCCUCAUGCUGCUGUGUGUGCUGUGACUGUCCCAGGGAACUGGCUGUAAAAUGCACGUGUAGGUCAGUGCACACUGGAGCUGCUUGUCCCUUGAGGGCCCCUGUGCCCUGGGCGUGGGAAGCACCUGGUGCCUCCUGCCUCCCACUCGGUGCUCUCACUCCCACCAGUCUGUCGCCUGGUCCAGGACUCACCUCUGUGCCUUGUUGCCCCGAGGCCAAGGGCAGCUGUGGGCCCUGCCCAGACACCAGAGCCCAAGCUUUGUAGCCAAAGCAGCCUGAUGACUCCAGUCACCAUGGAAGAAACCAGAAUAAACGUUUUUGCACUGUCUGAAAAAGCCCAGUGGUCAGCUGUGAGCUGGUGUCUGUCUGCCCGUCU